AUGGAGGUUUUCUGUAGAAACGUCCCUCCAGACUUGUCGGAGGAAGGUCUCAGGGGAGAACUGGAGCCAUUCAUGAAGGCGCUUGGCAUCUCAGACUGGGCCUGCGACAAACCCAGACAGAAACCACAAGCAUGGCUCAAGUUCCUCCAUGCUUCCAACGGCCAAGCGUUUCUCAAGAAACAUGGAAAGAUCAGUGCAGAAACUGCGCAACGAAGAGAAGACAUCUUUCUUGGUAAUCCGCUGAAUCUACGGAUCAAGCCUAGGGAUAUUGCUCGCCUCCACAUUCUCAAGACCGCCAUCUAUGCGGAAAAAAGCACUCGAGCUCUCGAUAAGCAUACCGUCGCCCACCUGAACCACAAUCGCGACCAGAGAUUACGAAUACCUGCUCGAGAUCCAGAAGCCCCAGACUACCCGUUUUGGGUUCAAGCCGUCAGUUGUGGCGGGAACGUGUUUCUCGGUGACGAUGAAAUACUCACUUACAUCGAACACAAUGCUUUGCGUGUUCCUCGAUCCAUCAAAGGCAAGUUCACACGUCUGCGGCUAACCGUAUGGCUGGAUGGUGGCAACCGCAUGGAUUUUCACAAUGAAACCAUACAGGAUCUCAUAGUCGGACGCCACGACAAUUCCUUUACUCUGGUCCUGGCAGAACCGCCCCGAUUAUAUCGCUCGGCCGUUACUCUCGAAAAUAAAAAUGCCAAGUGGCAGCGGGUUCCAGAAUUAGAGGACUGGGGUUUAAUUCGAGCUUACUCAUCAACUUGUCUGGUUUACCGUAUUCAGGUGUACGAUACCAAACAGUUUGACAUCAUUCUACGAUCGAUCCACUCUCAAGACGUACUUGCCAUCACCAGCCACACUAUUCCAUCGGUUCCGUGGAAUUCCGUACAAGUGGAGAUCAACCUCCAUCAAGGACGCCAACAAUUCAUGGCUAGGACCAAGCGACUUCUGUCGUCAGGGAACAUCCCGUUUGCCAUCUUAUUCCAGGUUCAAGCCCUUGUGUAG